AAGAGAAAAGAGAGGAACAGAGUAACAGACAGUGAGAAAGAGGCAGGAAGAGAUGCUGAACUCUUGGUUUUGCUGCAUUUCACGCUGCUUUAAAAGUGUGAUAUAGAGAUUUUGAGUAACACCAAUGUCUGAGUGAACAUUUGCUCUCUCUUAUCUGUGAUUUCUUCUGUAUAUAACUAAGAUGGACACUGAUUUAGACCAAAACUACUCUUGCACCAACUUGUAUGACCAUCGUCCAGUGGCCCGGGUUCUCAUUCCUCUGGCCUAUUCCAUCAUAUGUCCAGUGGGACUUUUAGGCAACGCCCUGGCUCUUCAUGUGAUCUUCCUCAACAUCACCAAACUCAAUUCCAUCACGCUGUAUUCCGCCAACCUGGCAGUGUCGGAUAUCCUGUUCUGCCUGUCGCUUCCCCUACGAGCGGUUUACUACGGCCUUGGCUUCCACUGGCCCAUGGGGGAAGGACUCUGUAAAGCCAUAACGCUGCUCUUCUAUGUGAACUGCUAUGCUGGAGUGAACUUCAUGACUUGUCUGGCAAUCGACCGGUUUGUGGCACUGGUGUUUCCAAUGAAGCUAACCAAAUGGAGAAAAGUGAAAAAUGCCCGAUUGGUGUGUAUAGCCAUAUGGCUCCUGGUGCUGGCCCAGACGCUGCCUCUCCUGACCAUCAGAUUGACCAAAAAGGAGCAUGACAACAACAUCACCUGUAUGGAAUACCCUAAUUUCGAGGGCCUUUUCAAAGGGCUGCCCUUCUUGCUGAUUAUUGGGGUAGGUAUAGGCUUUGUAGUCCCACUGGUGACAAUCAUCGCCUGCUACUCUAUAUUGACCCGUAAACUACGUCUAGCAGCAAAGUCAAACCGACUGACAGAACGUUCUGGAAGGACCAAAAAAGCAAGAGGAGUGAUCGCAGGAGUGGUAUUUGUGUUCAUGGUGUGUUUCGGCCCAUACCAUCUAGACCUUCUGCAAUACAUGAUCCGAAAACUUAUCUAUGAUCCGGACUGCAAGGAGCUCCAGUCCUUUCAGAUAUCCCUGCAUAUUACAGUGUGCCUUAUGAACUUAAAUUCAUGCCUGGAUCCCUUUGUUUACUUUUUUGCAUGUAAAGGCUACAAGCAGAAGCUGAUGAGAAUGAUGAAGUGGCAGGUUGGCACCCACUUCUCUAGUGUUGGAAGAACCUCACAUGAAAGUUCAGGCACAGGCGAUAUGCGCGCUUCACGCCGCAAUACAGGAAUGACAAUGAACAACGUUAGAGAAGCUCAGUAAAACAACUGGCAACAAAAGCCAACAUUAGGUGAUGAAAAGAGGUAACAAACACAUACAGUAUGUGGGGCAGAACUUAAAGCCAAGAACAAAGCAAAAAAUGUCCCAGACAACUCAUCUUUCCAGAUUUGAAACAGCACACACUUCAUGAAACAGAUGGACGCUUGACAAGCACUGCCAUCAAAGUUGAGAAAGAAAAAAUACUUGCUGCAAAAAGACUAGUCCAUGACGUAAUUUACCAUUUUCCGUUCAAAACAUGACUGUUAAAGGGUCAGUUCACCAAACAUGAAUAUUCGGUCAAUAUUUACUCACUUGUUCUAAAACUGUAUGUCUUCCUUUCUUUUAUGAAACUUAUUUUUUGAUUUACAAUGGAAGUCAAUAAUCACCAAAAUAGUUUGAUUAGCAACAUUCUUUAAAAUAUUUUCUUUUGUUUUUCAAAGGAGAUGGAAAGUCACAGGUUUGAAAUGACAUGAGGUUGGGAACGGUUUUAUUUUGGAGGUGAACUAUUCAUUUAGGCACGGUUGAAGGUUCACACAUAAAUACAUGAAUCAUU